UCAGCUUGCCUGGCAGAAGCACCCACAGUACUUGGGCCUAAGUGCAUUCCUCCUUAACUCAUCCUUAGCUACCUUUUCUUUUAACUCCUUAGAACUGAACUGGAUUAGAAAAGUGUUCUGGCUGAACACUCUUCCAGUUUAUUUUUUGUCAUUGCUGAGCUACAGAUAAGAUUCAGUUUUGCUGUCAACAGAGUCAAUCUGGUCAGAGCAGCAGACACAGUAAACCAGAAUCUUCCAUCAGAGAAUUAUACAAUUGGUGCAAUGCCAGACUUUGUAGCUCCAGCAGUAAAAAAAUUCGUGACUUGGGACUAUGUUGUUUUUGCAGCACUAUUUUUAGUCUCUGCCAGCAUUGGAGUCUUUUUUGCAGUUAAAGAGAGGAAAAAGAAAACUUCAAAGGAGUUUUUGGUGGGCGGUAAGCAGAUGACAUGUGGACCCAUUGCUUUUUCUCUUACAUCAAGCUUCAUGUCAGCAGUGACAGUCCUGGGGACACCCUCCGAGGUUUAUCGCUAUGGGGCAUCCUUUGUGCUCUUCUUUCUUACGUAUACACUUGUCAUCAUUUUUACUUCUGAACUUUUUCUACCUGUUUUUUAUAGAUCUGGCAUCACAAGCACUUAUGAGAUUCUUUACACAGGAAUAGUGGUCUAUGCUCCGUCACUGGCACUCAACCAAGUCACUGGAUUUGAUCUCUGGGGCUCUGUAGCUGCAACAGGAAUUGUCUGCACUUUCUAUUGCACUCUGGGAGGAUUAAAAGCUGUUGUCUGGACAGAUGCAUUUCAAAUGGUUGUAAUGGUGGCUGGCUUCGUGGCGGUUUUGAUUCGAGGAACUGGCCUGAAUGGUGGAGCAACCAAAGUCUGGGAAGAUGCCCAUGAAGGAUCUCGGCUAAACAUAUUUGACUUCGAUGUUGAUCCUUUGAGACGACAUACCUUCUGGACAAUAGUUAUUGGGGGAACAUUUACCUGGCUAGGGCUCUAUGGAGUCAAUCAGUCCACAAUACAGAGAUGCAUUUCCUGCAAAUCAGAAAGGCAUGCUAAACUGGCACUUUACCUGAAUUUAUUGGGACUUUGGACGGUCCUAGUGUGUGCAGUAUUUUGUGGAUUGGUGAUGUACUCUCAUUACAAGAGCUGUGACCCUUGGACUGCUGCUUUCAUUUCUGCUCCUGAUCAGCUCAUGCCGUACUUUGUUAUGGACAUUUUUGCUUCGAUGCCAGGAGUCCCAGGACUGUUUGUUGCCUGUGCAUUUAGUGGAACACUAAGCACAGUAGCUGCCAGCAUCAAUGCUUUAGCAACUGUUACCUUUGAAGACUUGGUCAAAAAAGGCUUCCCAAACGUAUCCGAGAAGAUGAGCACAUGGAUCAGCAAAGGCUUGUGUGUUCUGUACGGUGUCCUGUGCACUUCCAUGGCUGCAGCAGCAUCCCUGCUGGGAGGAGUCGUGCAGGCUUCCCUCUCCAUCCAUGGGAUGUGUGGGGGACCCAUGCUGGGAUUAUUUACUCUGGGAAUUGUGUUUCCCUGUGCUAACUGGAAGGGUGCUCUCGGAGGCCUCUUAGUUGGGAUCAGCUUGGCUUUUUGGGCUGGUACUGGCUCUUUCAUUUACCCUGCACCACCAACAAAGUCCAUGCCUCUGCAGCUGUCUACCCUCAACUGCACCCUGGCUAACAGCACGGAGGCACUGCUAACAGCAGCUCCCACGCUGGCUCCAGAGAGGCCUCUGCUGGCAGACACCUGGUACUCCCUGUCCUACCUGUACUUCAGUGCCAUUGGCUGUGUGGGCUGUGCCAUCACAGGGCUGUUGAUAAGCUUUAUAACAGGACCUAGUAAAGGAGAAGACAUCCCACCAGUGCUAAUUAAGCCAGUUUGCAACCUGUUUUGCUUUUGGUCCAAAAGACUCAAAAUACUCCUCUGGUGCGGUGUGCGACACGACAGCCCAGAGAUGGACUUUGGGAAAAAACUGCCUGAAGCUGCUGCAAAUAAAUCCAGAACAGAUAACACCUUCAAGAAUAAUACCAACAAAGAAAAUAACCACCAGAUCCGUGGUUACAAUUCUGAGGAAAAUUCAUAUACAAAUAUAAGCAGAGAAUCUCGCCUCUAGAAGCUGAGGGACAAGGGACGUUUAAUCAAACUUUAGUUCUUCAGCUUCAGAAAUUAAUAACUUCUUUUACUGCGCUUACCAGCUUAUAGGUGACCAAGAGGGAGCAGUUGCUCUCUAUAGCAAUAAAGGCCAGAUUUUUGUUCACAAAUCUCUUGGCAGACCUGGGAAAUGAUGGGACAAUUGGGUUUUGGAAGAACUGAUAUUUCAGAAGAAAUGUUUUAUCAAUGUUGUUGUGGAAGCUCCCACUCAGACAGAGCUACAAUACAACUGCAUCACAUGCUCUAUUCAGCAACUAGUCAUUGAAGGGAGUGUGAAAGAGUGAACUUGAGAUCAAUUAAGACUUCAGAGAAGUUUGUGAGAUAUCUCACUAAGGUGAGUCUGCGAGCUGCCCUCUGAUGGAGGGAGAGAAGAGAGGCCAGGCUGAGCCUACACCCAAGUACCACAAAAAAUCUCCUCACAGGAACCCCAUACAAACCAGAUUGGUCUUUCAGUCACUGAGAUAACUGUGUUUGCUCCCUCUGGGGAAUUCAAGUUUUCUUUAUAGCUUCUCAUUGUAAAAGCCAUAGGACAGAGUAACAAAUUUUACUUUGAAUUCAGGAUACUUCUUCAUCUGUGUUAGUUUUCACCUCAAAAUGAUGCAAUAAAGAAAAAAAACCAA